CCCGGUUUACCUAUUCUGCACAAGUGCGCAUGUGCGACUUAUAUAGCGUGAGUUCUUCUGCCGGUGGUUCACAGUUGAUAAUGACCUACAAAGGACUUUUAAGUUUUGAGGCCACCAAUCAGCAAUGAUACUCUGCAGCCCCUGAGAUUGUUGAUCCCUGAGUCGUCUUCAAUGAGAUUUUCUGCUUAGGCUGCCAUCUUGGAAAAACUCUACAGAAACUUUGUCAUAUAUUUAUUAUGUAUCCAUGUGUCUUCCCUCAAAGUCUUAUGUCUUAGCUAGGAGUAAUUAUUUAAUCUAUUUUUACAGUAGUUGCUGCUAAAAUGUGUGACAUAUAUUCAUCAGUUGCUCCUAAUAUCUGUCAGUGACAUUGUUGUUUGUAUUUGCUACGUUUUUAAGUUUAGUGUCACUUGUCUGCUGUGUCAGAUUGAAAUCUACAUCAUUGCAAGGAAGAAGGUAUUGACUUACAUUAUGGAAAAAAGUAACACAAAAUGAGUGAAGAUUUAAAGAAAAAAUUGGAUUUUCCAAGUUCACUUAUUCAGAUUCAGGCUGUAAAGAGUCUUGUCAGUGCAGUGCUUAAAGAGAACCCUGAAAAUGAGAAGAUCUCAAAGUCAUCCAACCAGAGUCCUGCCUUACAACUUUUGUGGGAAAGAUGUUGUAGUGACAAUGUGGUUGUACGAGAAGCCUGCUGUGAUGCUCUGGUGCAACUGGUAGUUCAGGAUCAAGCAGAUAUUCAAUAUGUCAUGUACAAUAUCCUCAAUCUUAUUCCAUCAGCCAGGAAUGUUCAUGGUUUAAUAAAAAUGAUGGGGCUGUUGCUUCAAAUUCAAGCUAUGAAGUCAUCUAAAGAGACAGCAGAUGCUUACUGCCCAUACUUAAUCAGGAACCCACCACAUCCAUUUAUCACUGUAAUUGAAAACAGACCUGACUGUUGGCCUGCACUGAUUCAGCACCUGACAUUUUUUAUACAGCAAUGCGUGGACAAGCCCAAGAAAUAUUCCAUCUCUGUCCUUGCUCCAUUUCUUAGGUAUUUGUAUUGUGAACCUUUACAUUUAACAGAGAAUUCUGAAUUAAGACACAGCCUUCUUAAAAUCCUGCUUCCAUCAUAUCAGAUAUCACGGGAAACACAGCCAUCAUUAGCACAUCAGAAUAUUCUUUUGCUGCUCUAUGACUUAAUUCCAUAUCUGCAGAUAAAUGAUCUUGCACAGGUUGUUGACUCUGUCAAUUUCCUUAAAGAACUUACCUACAGUUUUUUGUUACACUCCAAGUUUUGGAUAAAGGAGCUUCAGCACCUGUCACUUCAUUUGUUGUGUGCUUGUGACUUAAGUCUGCGUUUCACAGGAGAAUGCUCAACUUUGACUGAACUUAUUGAGACAACCUUAUGUGCCCUUUCAGAGCAUUUUCCAUCUGAGCAGUUUAUAGUUGGAGUGAGUUUACUACUUCUGCAGGCUCCUUUAAGUCAGCAAGCAUCUCUUCUAAACCUUGCUUUGAAGAUCAUUACUACAAAGGAAGGAAAGAUGGCACCGUUGUGUUCUCCGAUACUAGUGUUGCCUUUACUACAGAUUGUAUCGAGUGCAACUGUGAUGGAAAGUUUAUGUGAUAGUCAUGCUAGUAACUUGCAUCUGCAGCUGGCCUUAACUCUUCUACAGAAUGUUCAAGAACUUUCAUCUGUUAGAAAGGAGGAGCCCCUUAAAAGUUAUGCAAUGACCACCUGGUACAAUGUUAUAUUUGUAACCUGGAAUAUUUUAAAUAUACUAAGUCAAAAUCAAGAAGCAGCUUGCCUCUGGCUUCGUGCUGUUCAAUCGACAUUACCCUUAAAUGAAAAAGUGCCUGAGUACAUCACAGUUCUAGUAGCUUAUCUCAUUGUAAGAGAAGAUGGAGAAUGCUUAAAAGUUGCUUUGAAAACUGUUUCAGAAAUGGCAGAGGCUGACCCCUCCCAGGGUCCAUAUCUUGUUCCUGUUCUGAUGUUCAAAUUGGGAAAAGUUACCAAUCCUGAGCUUUUGCAUGAAUUAUUGUAUACUUUACCAGUUUUGGGAACUCAUAAGUUUUGUGUACCUCAAAUUCUACGUGCCUUACAGAUGCUUGGAAAUGCACCAAAACUUCGACCUGUAGUGCUACGACUUAUGACCUUACUAUGGGAACGUCAAGACCGUGUAUAUCCAGAAUUGCAGAAGUUCAUGGGAAUAUUAGAGAAGCAGUCUGCAUCUAUGGCAAAGGAAGAUCAGUGGGAGCAAAUUGUAGCAAAGGCUGCCUGUAUCCGUGAUAUCUGUAAAGAAAGACCUUACCAGCAUGGUGGCGACAUGCUUGCAGCAGUUUCUCAAAUGUUGAAUAAGUGUUACAAAUCUGACCAAGCUACACCUGCUGCAUUAGCACUUGAUGGUCUGUGUCAGCUGUGUCAGACUGAGGUUGUUGACAUUCGUUCAACAUGGAAUGCAUUAUCUCCAAAACUAAGUUGUGAUUCUCGACCUCUUGUUAUUAAAGCUUUGACUGAUCUGUUUGCACUUGUUCCUUCACUUGAUGUAAAAACCGAGGAGUAUGAGAAAUUUAAAGCACAAGUAGUCAGUAUUCUUUGGAGUUAUUCUCGUAAUAAGGAUUCCAUGGUUGCAAGUUGUGCAUUUAAGUCUCUCUCUCAGUUUUCUGCUGCAGAACACACAAUUUUUCAUUUGCCUGAACAGGUCAGACCAGAAAUUAAAACACAGGAGUAUGAUGAAGAAAAUAAAGUGGAGAAAGAAGAAGAAGAAGAAGAAGAUCUGUCUGUGCCAGGACUCUCAUAUGUCAAACUCAUUCCACUAACAGCUCCUCCUGUUCUUGCUGCACUUGAACAGUUCCUAACAUCCCUUGUUAAGAAAGAGUUGGUAGAAAUGCCACGUGGAGUUUAUCAUUUGGCUCUGAAAGGAGAAAUGUUCCGUUCAGACCAUGGAAAAGCAGUUGCAGGAAUCCCAGGAUUUAUGUUGAAAACAUAUGAAAAGAACAGACAACCAGGACUGAAAUCUGGUCUUGCAGCUGGAUUAUUACUCAGCUAUGAUCUUCCCAUUCAGACUGACAGGGAUGGAAAACCAAUUGCACGCUUUCUAAUGAGCAGAGGGCGCAGUUACCAGCAGAUGUUAGCAGCUCUCAUUCAUGAGGUCAAUAUCCAACCGUCUGAAUGGCACCGUUCUAUUCUGUUGCCUCAGGGAUGGAGUGGAUUCAUGGGCCGAGCUUAUACCGCUGUAUUCCAGGGGCGUCAGGCUGAGCUGGACAUGCAGCAGAAACAUGGCAAAGACAGUGCUGAAAGCCUUCAGUAUAAACAGUUUACAGCUUGGCUCUGGGCUAGAGAUCAACUGACAGAUGUUAUAAAAUCAGCAGCAAAAGACAGUCCAGUUAUGCAAGGAAACUCCAUAUUGGCACUAACUGGCCUUGCAGUGGCUGUUGCUAAAUAUGAAAGUAGUCUUCCUACAGAUAUAGAGGGCAAUCCAGAGAUUGGUCCAGAAAUAUUGUCAACAAAACACUGGCUUAGUAUGGUGUUAUAUACGCUGCUUAGUACAGUUGACAGUUGCUAUUGUCCCAAAGGCCGUGUUUUUACAUGGUUACAGCAUAAAUCAUACUCUGGAGAAAACACCGCCAGUGCUAUUGCACGCUCCUGUGCUUCAUUGGCUCUGUCCCUUAUGGUUCCAGUUUUAAUAACCACAUACAAUGAAAGCAUUGUAGAAAUUCUUAACAUAUUAUGUUUGGGAUUGCCUGGGAAACAGAAUGCAGAUGAAUCUCAAGCUGUGCAGUUUCACACAGGUCUUGCUCUGGGAAUGUUUCUUUCCUCUUUAUAUGAGGAACAUGCCAGUGAAGUCUCUGCACAGAAGAUAAAUCUUCUAUUGAUGAAAUCACUUGAUAUGCUGGAAGGAUGCUGCUUUGACAACAAUUUGGAAUACAAUACUGGCUGCAUUUUGGGAGUUGGUCUUGUACUUUCAUUGAUGAGCCACAGCAGUCAAACAGAUUCUCGGGUGCAUGUAGCAGUGACACUCGAAAAACUCAUCAUCAGUCUUAGAGAAAGUAAUAACCAAAGCAGAAUGCUUCAAGAGGUUUUAGCCUAUUCAGUUGCAUGUGUCACUGUGUCUGCAUUUAAUGCCAGCAUCCUUGACGGUGAAAAAGCAGAAGAAGUAAUGAAUCAAUUGAGAGCCAUGACAGAACAAAAUCAGCAGACCCCUGGAUUUUCUUUGGCGCUAGGUUUAACUGUUCAUGGUUUGUCAUCAUGCGGACACGGGAAAGCUGAGGAUUUAAAUGCUAGACUGCUGCCUGCAUGGAUAAAAAUCCUUCUUACUGAGGGAUGCCCCACAAUGCAGCGUCUGGCAGCUUUAAAUGGAUUAGUUGCUCUUGUUGGUUCUGAAAGUUCCCUUAUUCAGUUGAAGCUUGAGGCAGGACAGUCUUCUCAGUAUCAAAGCCGCCUUAAUGAAGUUAUCAGAGCAAUUACUCAAGUUAUUAGUUUUUCCGGUGCAAUUGGGCUACAGUCUAACGCAUCCUGUCUUAUUGGUCAUCUUUAUCUUGCAAACUCAUCAUCAAGUCAAAGCAGGACUUCAGUUCCACCAGAUUUUGGCUAUUUAAACGAGAAGAGUGUUGUCCGAGCUUUUCUUGAUUAUAUCAUCAGUGCUGGGAAGAAAGGUCCAGAGUUUAUCCAGCCACAUUUGGUAAAAGUAGCACUUGGACCCCUUAGUUCAGUAGGGAAAAGUCACCAGUAUCCUCCUGUUAACUGGGCUGCAGUUUUAUCUCCUUUAAUUAGGCUCAACUUUGGGGAAGAUGUACAGCAGCUUUGUAUUGAACUGGCAGUAACACAGUGUCAAUCUUCACAAACAGCCUCAAUGUUUUUGGGAAUGUGGCUUGUUCCUCCUCUUAUCAACAGUCUUAGUUUAAAGACAAGAGGAUACCUUUUUGAAUCUUUGUCUCUCUGGAUGAAGUACGUUCCCGAUGACAAACUACAGUCAAUUGUGGAUAUGUUAGGAGUUCAAAACUUUACAGCUGAAAACAGAAUACGCUAUCCAGAGCUCUGUUUGUCAGUACUGGAGGGACUUUACCAAGCUAUGAAACUGCCAAAUCCAGCACAGUUCCUUUGGGCUAUUUUGUGUACCACAACUGAGAAAAUAUUGCAUCUUCUUCCAAAUGAAAUACAGGAAAGUGAUUUUGAGCUUUAUAUGAAACUUAGUAAAUGCCUGUCUGAGAUGGCAGAUACUGAAAUCGACAGGAUUACUCAAGUUAAUAAGGACAACAAUUUGAAGAUGACCUUUGUACGUGCCUAUCUGGUUUCUCAGGGAAGAGUACCUCUGCUCUGUUUAAAUGAUACAAUAGCCCCUUCCACAGCAGUGAAUCAUCCAAAUGUGAUUUGUUGGUUCCUCCUCCUUAGUUUUUACCAGUGUCGUCUUACAGUCAAUACCAAUACAGGAGUUUUACAGAGAAUGGAAUGGCUAUUAGAACUUAUGGGACAUAUUCGAAAUAUUGCUUAUGAGUCUACUCAUUUGGAGCAUGGAGACAUCAAAGAGGCAACAGAUUUCUUAUUAAGCAUAUUUUCUGCGGCUGUCACUAUGUGGGCUGACCACGCUUCCCCACUACUUAUUGGAGUUAGUGCAGAAUGGAUGUACAGCAAGCAUGGAGGUCCACGCCAUCAUCAACCACCUGCUAUUCUGGGCAGACGUUCGUCCGAUACACUGACGGUUCAGCAUUCUUUGGAUCUCCUUCCCUUUAGCAUUCAAAUUUUGCUUGCAAAAGAACCAUGGAAAGGUCAGACUCAAAAGUUCAUAGACUGGAUGCUGACCAUGAUAGAGGGGCCCUCACAAGGCUUGUCCAGCACAUCAGUCAAAAGAAUUAAAGCUGCUCUUCUGGCCUUGAGGUUUCUUCCUGAGUUUAAGAAGAAGUCUGUCUGGACCAGAGCAUAUGGCUGGUAGGACUGCAGUGGAGAAAGACGAUGGUCAGCAUGUCAACAGAAUCAAACGUAAUGACCAGGAGUGAGCUGUUUGUAUACUCAUUUAAAAAAGGUGACCUUCUUCCGCAACAAAUAAAAAUGCAAUGGCUGAUAAAACCAGGAAGCAAUCAAGCUGAUUGCAAUUGUUAUAUUUAAAAAGAGGGUGAAAGAUGCUUUAAAGUAUUCUAGGCUGUAAUAAAAGAAGCUCUGAGAGUUCCAAGGCCAAAACGCCUUUCUGAUGGCCGACUUCAGCAGCUGGCAGCAGUGAUUCUAAAUUCCUACACGGAGGCCUAAAAUGAGGCGCAGCUUGUGAUGAAUGAGCACCUCUUUAUUGGGAGGUGGUGGUGUGAUACCCUCGCACAUGUUUUAGUUGUGUAAAGCAUGAUGAGAAACCUUUGGUCCGUGUUCAUUGCCUACAACUGGACAGGAUGUGUAGGGUCUGCUUCUUUAAUGCCAAAAAAACGUAAUUACAAUCAUAAUACUUAUUGCUGUUUUUUUUUCCUUAUUUGAAUCAUGUGAUGAAUUUAUUUUUCCGUUGUCACUAUUGAAAGAUAUCUGUGUUCAUGCAUUUUGUGCUGAUAUAUUGGUUUAUGUUUCACUUGCCAUAUGUAACUAUUUGCAUUUAUGCUGCUUCUCAAAGAGUAACAAAAUUGAAAUAAUGGUGAAUAAAAAUGAAAAUGUAUGUACCAAGCAUACAGAUAAACUGUACACAGAGAAGUAAGCAAUAUGUAGGGUGACAGGCCUGGUCUUAAUAAAUAAGAGUUGAUCAGAUUA